AUGGAACAGUUCCGGACUCCUGGCAACCAGGGGUUCAUUUCGAAUCUGGAGGACACGGCAGAUGAUGUACUCCGGAAAACACGGCACAUCCUCCCCCACAUCGCCCGCCUCUUCCUCAUCUCCACCUUCAUCGAGGACGGCAUCCGCAUGUGGUGGCAAUGGGAUGAUCAACGACAAUUUAUGCAGGAAUCAUGGAACUGCGGCUGGUUCCUGGGCACGUGCUUUGUCGUCUACAACUUUUUCGGCCAAAUCAUCCCGGUGACGAUGGUGAUGCUGCGCAAGAAGGUCUGGGUCGCCGUCGCCAUCCUCACCACGAUCGUUCUGCUCCAAACCGUCGCCUACCACAUCCUUUGGGACCUGAAGUUUUUGGCAAGAAACAUCGCCGUCGGUGGAGGUCUGCUCUUUUUGCUGGCCGAGACCCAGGAGGAGCACCGAUCCCUUUUCGCCGGUGUGCCGACGAUGGGAGAUUCUAACAAGCCCAAGAACUGGCUGAUGCUCGCCGGACGAGUCUGCCUGAUCUUCAUGUUCCUGUCCCUGCUCCACUUCGAGAUGACCUUCCUGCAGGUGAUCGAGAUUGUUGUCGGAUUCGCGCUGAUCACCCUCGUCACGAUCGGAUUCAAGACCAAGCUCUCGGCGAUGACCCUGUCCAUCUGGUUGUUCGGGCUGAACUUGUGGUUGAACUCCUGGUGGACCGUGCCGUCGGAUCGUUUCUACCGCGACUUCAUGAAGUACGACUUCUUCCAAACGAUGUCCGUCAUCGGCGGCCUGCUGCUCGUGAUCGCCUACGGCCCGGGCGGCGUCUCCGUCGACGACUACAAGAAGCGCUGG